CAGGUCUCCCGCAUUGUAGACAGACGCUUUACCAUCUGAGCCACCAGAUGGCUUCUUCUGAGGUUUCAGCCUAAAUGUCACCGCAGAGAGACUUUUCCCCACAUCGGAAGUAGGUUCCGCUUCUCCGCCCCUGCUUUUGGUUGCCGGGCUGCACUCCACCACCCGCGGAGACGCUGUUUAUGUGUUCUGACUAGCGCUGAAACGUAAGGCCACCACCGGGUCCCCAGAGCCUGCACUGAUCGCGCACCUGUUCGCGCCCUGCGCCCAGCUGCAAGGGUCUCUAUUUCGGGAAGUUGCUGCUGUUUACCGCUGGGAUUGCCCACCGGGUCCUGGACUUAGCCGGUUGGCUUCUCACAACCAGAGUCGGCUGCAACCCAGGACCUCAGACCUGACCCCGGAACCCGCCGGUGCCGGGCAGCGGGAACCAGGUUCUUCCGCCAUCUCUCAGCCAGGGCCUGGCCACCCCUCCCACAGAAUGCCCGAGGGCCCUGAACUGCAUCUGGCCAGCCACUUUGUGAACGAGGCAUGCAGGGAGCUGGUCUUUGGAGGGUGUGUGGAGAAGUCACCCGUCAGCCGCAACCCUGAGGUGCCCUUUGAGAGCAGCGCCUACAGCAUCUCGGCUUUGGCCCGCGGCAAGGAGCUGCGCCUGACCCUGAGCCCCCUGCCUGGGGCCCAGCCCCCACGGGAGGCACUGGCCCUUGUCUUCCGCUUUGGCAUGACUGGCUCCUUCCAGCUGGUGCCCAGCGAUGCGCUGCCACCCCACGCCCACCUGCGGUUUUACACAGCUCCACCUGGCCCCCGACUUGCCCUCUGCUUUGUGGACAUCCGCCGAUUCGGCCGCUGGGACCUCGGGGGCGAGUGGCAGCCAGGCCGCGGGCCGUGUGUCUUGCUGGAGUAUGAGCAGUUCAGGGAGAAUGUGUUACGAAACCUAGCAGACAAGGCCUUUGACCGGCCCAUCUGUGAGGCCCUGCUGGACCAGAGGUUCUUUAAUGGCAUUGGCAACUAUCUGCGGGCGGAGAUCCUGUACCGGCUGAGGAUCCCCCCCUUCGAGAAGGCCCGCACAGUUCUGGAGGCCCUGCAGCAGCGCAGGCCGAGCCCGGAGCUGACCCUGAGCCAGAAGAUCAGGGCCAAGCUGCAGAACCCUGACCUGCUGGAGCUGUGCCACUCGGUGCCCAAGGAAGUGGUCCAGCUGGGGGGCAAAGGCUACGGGUCGGAGAGCGGGGAGGAGGACUUUGCUGCCUUCCGAGCCUGGCUGCGGUGUUACAGCGCACCAGGCAUGAGCUCACUGCGGGACCGGCAUGGCCGCACCAUCUGGUUCCAGGGGGAUCCUGGACCCCUGGCACCCAAAGGGGGCAAGUCCCGCAAGAAGAAGUCCCAGGAAGCACAGCAGGGUCCUGAGGACAGAGUGGAGGACCCUCCAUCUCCAAACAAGGCCCCUUCAAGGACACGAAGGGCACAGAGAGGCCUUCCUAAACAGACUACAGCUCAGGUGCCCGAGGGGACCAGACUCCAACAGGACCCAGAAGCCUCCCCGGUCCCUGACAAAGGGAAGAGAAGGCGGCGGCCAGCAACCUCAGGCCGCCACAGAACCCGAAAGAUCAAGGCUGAUACCCCAUCCUUGGAGCCUGAGGGGACCUCAGCCUCCUAGCAAGAGGCUCUUCUUGCUUGUAUCCACCCCUCCUCCUGGCACCCUGGAUCUGGGCCUGUGUGGCUUCCUGGAGGUUGCAGGGAACUGGAUGCUCUGACCCUAUGGCCAUUCCCUACACAAUUAUGUUUUUAAUUGUACCCCACUAUCCUCAUUUUUUUAAGCCCAUGUGAAAAAUGCUAAUUUUUAGUAAAAGCAUAAACUUGAA